AAUUAGUGCCCCCCCCAAGAAACACUCCUGGGCUGCGUUUGAGAGAGGGAAUCGGGACUCUCGGAACGUCCCGAGUGCUCUCAAACACGUGACGCGGCAGCACGAGUUGCCAACUCGGCACGUCUGCUCCACUCCCGGCUUUGAGAGGUGUAACGCCUCUGUGCUGUGAUGACGUCAUCAGCAUAUAUGGUGGCCCAAACAAACACAUAAGUGCUGCCAUUGCAUCAGGAAGAUCAGCAUACCCUAUUUUGCUGCGAGUGAGGCGCCGUUACCAAAGCAAUUUUUACUCUCGCAGCACUCUUGGAGCAUUGGCAGUUACUGCGGCAAGAAUUUUUUUUACACUAUGAUAGAUACAGCGAACACUGCUCUCAUUCACGUGGUAUGCUCUCCCUACUGCAACGUAACUCAUCCCAAAAUGUAACUUCUCCUAAAUCUGAAUUCUUCUGCAAGGUUAACACCUUUCUCAAACGCUUUGGGGUGCUUUCAACAGGUGUUUUGGUAGAACAGUGUUGCCACUCACGCCAUGGCUACUUAGUGCGACGAGUGGGAAAUUUAAAAAUCCUAAAAAAAUUCUUUCAUGACAAUCCAUAUAAAACCGAAACCGUACUAUUUGAGGGAUGACUGUAUAUAUAUAAUGAGCUUGCACAAGGUAUUUUGAACUGCCACAGGGCUUCCCUGUUAGACUGUUUUUCUUUAGUAGGUUACUUUAUUCUAAUUCAUUGGAAAUAAAAUAGCGUCGCUUCUCAUACUUAGCCGUCGAAAUUUAUUCAUAUCACAGAAAAUGAUUUCUUAUUUCAUGGUUACCGUACAUAAUUCAUCCAUAUAAGAUCAUAACAUAAGAACAUAAGGAGUCUGCAGGAGGCUGGUUUGAUUACACGAGGCAGCUUUCCUUGCUUUCCUUUCCUUUCUUCUUCCAUGCUUAGCCUACGACUUUGAUCCAUAUAAAAGAAAAUGCUUUCUUCAUAACUAAUAUAAUUUUCAUCCAUAUGAAAUAGAUUGAGUGAUAAAAUAAAUAAUUAUAAAAAAGUUACUUUCUUUAUGCCGGGGAGGGGGGCAUUCAUCAUUCAUGUCAUUGGAAAGGGAUGCAGUGUUUGCCCCGUGCACUGUCUCCCAUAACUUCCGUGAAACACUCUCAUCUGGCAACACUGCGAUCCAGAGCUUUCAUUUAAAUGUUAUUAAUUGAAAUACAAGCCACGUACAUUUUCGCCAGACUUAUUUUCAACAAAGCAGCCUGAUUGUUCCAUAAUCUUUAAAAUAGCUGGGCUACAUGAGAUGACAGUCGUUGACUUCAAUGCUCUCUGUAGUCAUAUUUGGCCAUCUGCUUGUACACAAUAUAACAAGAACAGUAGCUGCCUAGGAAUAGCUUUUUUGCACCCUGUAUGUAAGGGUUUGUGGCUAAAAUCCUUAAUGAUAGACUAAAAGCAUGUGAAAUGUAUAUUACAGUACGUGGGUUGGCAGCUUAAAAAGCCCGCCCAUGAACAUAUGUUGUAAACAUCCUGUGCACAAGAAAUCUGAGUAACUUCUCUAAAUAAAUCUUCCUGCUCAGCACAGGAGAUGAUUAUCGAUGUAGUAUACUUACCUCAUGUACGAAAUAUGGAUGAGAGAAGUCAAAUUAACAAGGUGUUUGUCCACGGUCACCAUUGCCAGAUUAUCAUACUCAUGAGCUGCGUAUAUACCAGUUUCUGGCCCAUAACUGUUGCCAAGAAGCACCAAUAAUUAACCAAUUAAACGAUAACCAUAUAUGAAGGCAAUUAUUUGGGUGAUGAAAGCAGUUUUUGGGUCGAAAAUCGGCAGAUAUAAGAGGCAGAGUACGACAACCUGGCAACGUUCAGCUGAGGGUUGUUGGAACACACAGUGGUGCUGCUUCCUCCAUGUGAAAAGUAUAUAGCUUGAGCAAUUGAAUAUUUCCCAGUUCUUCUUCUUCCACUUGUGAAUAAACAAAAUCUAAUUCUUAUUCUGAUAACAUAAUUCUCGCUCAUACGUUGCACUUUAGAGAACAUACUUUACACUGUCAAUAAACAUGACACCCUGCAGGAAAACAUCACCCUAUUUCUUCACUUCUACACUAAACUCUUGUAAACGUGUUUGCAUCUUUGAAUAUUUCCUCAUAUACGGGUCGAGGUGGACUGAAAUUCACAUAUUAUACGCCACUAGCACUUCAUUAUGCAUAAAUGACGAUAUAAUCCCUAAUUAUGUCCCAAGGGAAAGGUCCAAGGGAGGUCUCGAGGUAUCUUGGAUCUGCUAAGUUUUACUUGGAGGAAGAUGUUUUCGACGGGAAUAUGGCUGUGUGGAUAGUGGGGCGGAACGGCUAGUGACUCGCGAGAGGCAGUGUUACCAAUGUACAGAAUGCCUCCUUUCUGAAUUCCCAACAAAUUAUUAUUUUUUCUCAUCUGCUUUUUUUUAUGCCUGAGCUUUGAUGUCAUUGUGUUUAUAACUAUAUCAACAACGUAACAGAGAAGAGACAGUGAGUAGGAUCGUGAAUUCAGUGACUCCUAUAGGCUCCCCAAUUUCCCAUACAAAUGUCUUUACCACUCUUGACAGACGACAAAUUAAUGACAAGAUCUGCAUGACUAAGAUGAAAAAUGAAUCAUGUGACGCUAUGCUAACAAGGAAAAAAAGAUUUGAGGCUGUACAAGGCUCAGCAAUUUUAUAGAAGCAAUGUAAAAAUCGUGCUUUCAAGAGGCGUACAGCAUGUUCCUGAAGAAGCUGCCUGAGAGGCUUACCGCAGUUUACGGGUUAAGUUAAUGAGUGUUGUUCUUGGCACUGAAUCAUGGAAAAGCAGCAGUGGACCACACCCGUCUGGAGCAAGAACGCACGUCCUUUCUAUGAUGGAACGAGAAAGGAUAUGCAUUACACAUAUCCAGACUGGGGUAAUGCAGGACCUGGUGUCUUUCUACCAGCUCAACAUAUGAACAGUUUGUGGUUGGAACCCUCCAUCUCCUCAUCAAGUUCUUGUUUUGAUACACUGAAGGAUAUCCAGAAGAAAUUUCCCUUACAGGAUACCCUGCAGCAUUCUUAUCCAGUUCUUCAGCCACAAAAGUUGUACUCACAGCACAAUUUUCAGUACACCCUUGCUGGUAAUUGUCUUGAUGCUGUGGAAAUAGGUGGUCAGACUAUGGUAGUACAUGUGAAAUAUUCCAGUAAUGAUCAAGCAGUGGUGGCUUCUAGACUGGUGCCUGGAAGGUAUUUUCAGAAUGACAAACUCAUGGAAGGGGAUCCAUAUUUUCACUUGGAAAGACAAAAUGAUGUUUUACUUGAUCAGGAUGUGUAUCAAGUUGUGGCAAAAGCAUUGCAUAAUGAUGUUCAGGUUCUUGUUAGAACCCCUACUACUGUGCAGCUGUCUAGUUUAAGGCAGACAGGGUUUGGGAAAGAAAACCUGGAGACAUUAAGUGGUUCCAUCACAUCUGAUGCAGCUCUAAGCAAUGCUCAACCUGGGUUGUGGUCUUUGGUCACAGUAACUGGGAAAGUCACUCUUCAUGAUGCUGAUGCUAAACAACCAGUUUGGACAACCCACUGCAAAGAAUCCAAAGGAAUUGUGAAUGCACCAGACAGAAUAUUCAAGUGUGGAUUUGGUAGACAUCCACUUUUUCUAUUUGUUAGGAAUGAGAACUCAGUUUAUUUGUAUGACACUAGAGUGCAUCCAGACUCCUACAGGACUUUAUUUGACUCAAGGAAAAUUAAGGAUGAUGAGCAUAUUUGUUCUUUUGUCUCAAGUGGUGACCAACCACACUUGUACCUUGUGAUGAAUGAAAGUGUGUAUGUGGUAGAUGACCGCCAACAAAAGACUCCACUCAUGCAUUGGAGACACAUGUUGUCAAACAGCCCAACAUUUUCAACAAUAAAUAAAUUAGAUUCUCUUGAACUUCUAAUUCUGUCUAACUCUCAGAAUAAAGAAGUAGGCAUGAUAUCUAGUGAGUGGGAAUGUGGAGGACAACAGUGUCAUGGUGUCAGUGUGCCGUGCCAUUUUUCCUUUCUUCAUGACACAAGUGCUUUUGCCCAUUCUCAUGGUCUGUGGUUUACAAAUCAGGUGCAGGAGAGGUUGGAAGACAGUGUGUGGCUAGGUAUGACAUCACUGCCUCAUCCAUUUGAAAAUAACAGCUCGCUGUUUCUCUCAAUGUACAGUAGUGGAGAUAUAUUUUUGAAUACAUUUCAGACUUCAUAUACAAAUUCACACUCAACUGUAUUUAGUGAAGAUGAACAGGAAUUGAUUAUUCUAAGAAAAUGGGAAACAGAUGUUGUGGAUAUUAGCACUCACAGUUGGUCAUACCACAAUGUAAAUUAUUUUGAUGUAACAGAUUUUUGCCAGCAGAUAUACAGUAGGCCAAUUUCCAGGCAUGUUGAAAAAAUGUUAGCAACAUUGCCAAACAUAAGAUUAAGCAAUUCUAGCUUUAAUAGUGUGGAAAUCAAUGGUUUAGUAAAGAAUGAAAAGAAAGAGCAGGAAUUCUCCAACUCAGAAAAUAGUACCAAGUGUUCCAAAAACAUAUCUUAUGGGAAAAAAAAUAAUCAUGGUCUAACAAAGUCAGAGAGUGAAACCCGUUUCAUAUGGAAUUUGAAGGAUCAGGUCCUCAAGUCCAAAAGCCUCUGGCAAACAAAGUUCACAGGAUGUGCAGCUUGGAGUAAAUCUUUAAUGGAGACUUAUAUCAUAGAUCCCAUUUUGGACCCUUCAAUCGACCUUCCCUUGCUCUUCAGAGACUCCUGUACUGAAGACAGUCUGGGUAAAUUCCUCCCUGGAAGUUUGCUUCUAGAUAUGAAGAUGGAUAAGAUUAAAAGAUGUAAGGAUUUUUUAUCCCCCAGAAUUAUAUCAUUGUGGCUUGAUGGAAAAAAUAUAAAUAUUAAGUAUGAAGGACUUAGGAUAGGUGAAAGUGAAACUUGUAGUACGGGACGACUUUCAGGUUUAUUAGGAGCUACAGAAGUCCCAGAAAUAAAGAAUGAAUUUCAAUAUCACAAUGCUCCCCUAGAUAUUGCCAGGCUAUCUGCAAAGCUUAGUGCAUACCACCCUGACAAUAAUAGUGCAAAUCAGAGCCUGGAAGUGGAUAAACUUUGUGAGAGUCAUACUUAUCCUUCACAAACCACAUUAGAAAUUAGUGUCAAUUCACAUGGAAGAUCAAAAAGAACGGCAAAAAAAUUGAAAAAGAAAAAACGAUUAGAUGGUUUCUAGUUUUGAACAAAUUAAAAUGAUACAAACAGAAAAGUCAGCAAAAGACAAUCGUUACUAACAAUGUUAUAAAUACAGCGAUUAAAGUAUGGUGAUUAAAAGUUGAAACAAAAAUUAUGAAUAUAAGAAAAGGACAAAAUUAACAGAAUAGGACUGUGCCUGACAUUUGCUAAUGUUAGAAGAGCUAAUAGUAAUGGGGUAUGAAGUGAAAAGAUUCAUAAAUAAUAAAUGGAAAAUUAUUCUAUCCAGUAAGUACUACAGUAAAUUAUAGCAACAAGUGUUAACAAAAUUUUUUAUGUUUUUCUCAGUAAUCAUGAUAACAAUCAUCAUUAGCAGCAGCAUAAUAUCUUUGUUGUCAGUACCAUCAUCUUCAUCUUCUCAUCUCAGUAUAGAGCUACAGUUUAGACUUUAGAAAGGAAGCCCUAUUUUUUCAAAGCUUUGCAACCAUUUACUUCUCUAUGACCUUUAAUGAGUCUUGACAGAAUUUCCUCAACAUGAACUUGAUCCUUAACCCGGUAGCUGCGGGGAUCAUGUUUCUUAAAGGCCCCUCUAAGGGAAUUAAUGAGAAAAAAUCAUCACUCACACAAACCAUUUCAUGAUAUAUAUCAACACAUUUGUGAUCAGUUUAUGCAUCAUCUAUUUUGUGGGGUUUAUAUCAUGGCAAAAAUUUGGCCCUGCUUGUACACGGUAGAGCCACAAAUCUGGCCCGUCACUGCUACCGGGUUAAAGUCAUAUGGUAGCUUUUGUAUGCUGUAAAGUAAUAAUAGUUUUUAUCAAUGCAAUAUAACUGAUGACUGUAGGUAUGACUACAGAUUCAUACCAGAAUUUAAUAUCCCUGUAAAUUUAUUUAUUUUUUUUUUUCUUGAAAAAAUAUGCAAACCUUCUCAAAUGUCUAACACUAAAGAAAUAUAUUAGAAUUUUCAUUGAUGAAACACAUUACUCUAUCUUGAAGCUAGAAUUGAGAAAGGAAGCCCUAUUUUUUCAAAGCUAUGCAACCAUUUACUUCUCUAUGACCUUCAAUAAAUUUGGCAGAAUUUCCUCAACACAAACUUGAUCCUUAAAGUCGUAGUUUUUGUAUGCUGUAAAGUAACAAUAGUUUUUAUCAACUCGAUGUAAUUGAAGGCUGUAAGUACGACUACAGAUUCAUACCAGAAUUUAAUAUCAAUGGAAAAUUUAACUUUUUUCUUGAGGAAAUAUACACUACAGGAAUGUAUCAGAAUUUUCAUUGUUGAAACACAUUAUCUUUUAGCCAGGAUUAUAUAUUUGGGUUAAGUUUAAAUACUUAUUGCAUUUUGUUAA